AUUCCCUAGCAACGCUUGGCUCCCUGGGAGUGGUGGCGGUUGAUUCAAUAUGGCGGCAGCAACAAAAAGAAAUGCAAAUUCGGGGAUAUUUUGGAUGAACGGCGUGUCUGAUGAGGAACAGCCUUUGGUGUUUGUUCCUGGGGUCGACCGAGAGACGAAGACCCCAUUCAAUGUGGGACCCGGCAGCAGCGGUGCAUCCAAUAAAAGAGGCACAAAGAUGGGAAUGAAACGUGUCUCCAACGGCAAAAGUCAGUCAACACAGAAAUCAAGAGGCAAAAAACAGGACCACUCCCAAAGCGAAUGUGAUUCUUAUUCAAAGGAAAACAUCCACCACAGUACGGUGACUGCAGGGCACAUAGUUUCACCACACUCUGGUCCCUCGCUCCCUUUAUUUCAGGUAACGUCUGACACCAGCAGAGCUAAGAGCAGCGAUGUCUGUUUGAAAGAUCUCUGUCCUGAAGAUAAGCGCCGCAUUGCAAACCUCAUUGAAGAACUAGCCAGAGUGAGCGAGGAGAAAGAACAGUCAGUGCAGCGUCUGAAAGACGAACAGGGAAAUUUUGAACGCAAGAUCCAGCAACUGGAGCAACAGAACCUGGUCAUAGCACAGGAGCGGGAGAGCCUGCAGCAGCAAUACAGAGAGUGCCAAGAGCUGCUUGGGCUCUACCAACAAUACCUUUCUCAACAACAGGCGAAGCUCAACCAGUCCAUUGCCCAGCUCAGCCAGCCACCAUCCCACAGCCAGGUGCUCAGUAGCGAGGAAGCCCUCAGCAGGAUAUCUACAAGCAGAGCUAAUGGCUCACUCUUUGAUGGCUCAUACCUCAGCCACGCUGCUAGAGGAGCACAGCAACCUCACAUGCACAAAAGUGGUGACGGAGGAAGAGGACCUGUACAGAUCUGUAGAAACCUUGAAUCUUUUCCCUGCGUUGGUGAUUUAAGUUCAACCGGUGGGCAGAUCAAAGAGCACGUGAGCCAGAAAAGGGCGUUUAAAGAGCCACACUCGUGCCACGAGUGUGAUCACUGCAAAGGUAGCGAUCAUGACACAGACUACGGAAUACAACAAUGGAGAAGUGACAAUGGGUCCCGUCUUGCAAACGGCCACUAUGACACCUUCAACCAAGAAGAGUGUGAAAGGCACCGCAGUAAGAAUAUUAUGAGCUCAGAGGCUAAGGAAGCCCUGACCAGGCCUCACCUGGGUCACGAGGACUGGGAGGAGAAGAGGCACCAGCUGCUGCUGCAGAAGAUGCAGUUGGAGACGGAGAGAGAGAAGCUACAGGCCCGACUUGUGGAGCAGGAGGAGAGGCUCAACAAACAGAAUCAGCAGCUACGUCAAUCACGUCUUGAUUACAGCAGAUUUCAACAAGCUACUCAAGCGCAGCUCAGCACCUCAAGCAUCAGAAAUGGAGGUCCAGAGCCAGAGGGUCCUUCGCACCAAAAUUUACCCUCCAGCGCGUGUGAAGAUGCGAGGGCACAUCCCGGAGGACGGAGCUCGCAUGAAAAACACUUGCAAAGAACACCCGCUCCUCUGGGCAACGCAGAUCCUGUAGAACGGUCCAGCAGGGACAUGGCCACAUCUCCAGCAAGGUCCAUUGCAAGCCCGGUUAAGCCCACAUCAGUUUCUGCAAUCCAAAAGACCCCCGAGGCCAGGUGCCCUUAACGCACUGAUCAACAACAGGCGCUGGUUGUGAACAGGCGGCACCAUCUGUGUGCAGGGAGUGCCAAGGGCCCUGAAGUAUUCGCUCUUUGCCACCAAGCACUAAGACUCCAUUAAGAAGCCUGGGUCCAUGCAUCUUUGGCCAUCAUUUAUUUGCAAAGGCAAUUAAAAUGCUCCCCCACGCAAAGGCAGCAUGUGUGGUGGAAACCACGUCUCCUCUCUUAAUCACUGGAAGUAAUUAGUUCCUGCAAGCGGUAUCAUUAGGUAUCACCGCUGGCACCGUUGUCACAGCCAGUGCACGUCCGGGAUGACAAAAAGAGAUGGAAGAAAAAAAGAGAAUCACCGCUUGUAACGGCGGAUCUUGGGCGAGUUAGACUCCUGUCCAGAAACGUUACAAGGUUGUCCCAAGAGAGGCAUAAUCCAUCAAAGUGAUUUUUCUUCCCCCUCCUUCUCUCCCGCCCCCUCCUGUUCCGCCCCCUGUCUUCUUUGCAACGUAAUCAUUUUCCUCUCACGGGGUGUGACAUUCAUAAAAGAUGCUGGUGCAGGUGCCGCGUCUU